AUGCAGAAAUCUGAAAUAGAGUUUCUAUGUAUUAAAGGCAAUACCAAAUGUUCAGAUUCAACUUAAGUAUAAUCUGUUAGAUAAUACCAUCCAAAAUUAAACUCACUUCGUAUGAAAGGAUUUUAGUAAUUUAUUGAUCUCAUAAAUAAAUAAUCAUAACAUUAGCAUUCAACCAAAAUAUGUUCUUAGUGUACACCUCAAUUAAUACCUACUGUCUUUUCAUAUUCUAUAAGAACAGAAACUCAUAAUAGAAAAUCUAGUGAAACCACAUUCAUCAUCAAGAAAAACUAAGUAGAAACCCUUCCUCAUUCUAAUUCAUUAGAAAAAAAUAAAAAAGAAAUUAGAUUAAUCCCUUAAAAAUAAUUUUCAAUAAAGAGAGCAAUUACUACCAAACAUGAAAUUAGCAAGGAAAAUUAAGAAAUAAAUGACUUAUCUACCAUGAUAGCAUUCACAAACUAUAUUAAUGUUAUACCUCCAGAAAAAACAUUUUAUAAAGCAUUCAUUACAAAAGGCAAUAAUGGAACUUUAAUAAGAUAAUGUUUAAAAUUAAGAUCAUGGUGGCUAUUGAUAGAUUAACCUAACGAAGAAUUAAAUUUAUAUUGGACAUAAUUAAGAAAGUAAUAAGAAUAUGAAACUGUAAAAUAAUAUUAAUUAGAAAAUGUGUAAUUUACUAAACAAUAAAAAAAGUCUAUCAAUGAAAACAUUAAAUUUAAUAUAUAAGAAUCUGAUCUUUAGUUAUUCAAUUAAAGUAGUAUUCUUAGAGUACAUAAUCACUUAGAAUGUAAUUUCUAAGUUUGCAAUAAAAAAGCUUUAUUUUACAAUAUGAAAAACUAUUAUCUUUCUAUUAAUGAAGAUCCAUUUAAAUUUAUCCCUUUAACUUAUCAUGUUUAAAAAGGUUCAAAUGAUCCAGCAUAUUUAGAAUUUGAAGAGUAUGCUCAAACAAAUAAUUUUAAUAUGUGGAUAAUUAAACCUGGAGAAUCAUCAAAUCGAGGAAAUGGAAUUUAGGUUGCUAAUUCUAUUAAUAAAGUUAAAUAAAUUAUUUCUUAGAACCUUCAUUUAAAUAAUUCUAAAAAAACAUUCAUUAUCUAAAAAUAUUUAGAAAAACCUUUAUUAUACAAUAAAAGAAAAUUUGAUAUUCGAUGUUACAUGUUGAUAACUAGUAUCAAUAAUCAAUUUAAGGCCUAUUGGUACUAAGAAGGAUACAUAAGGACAAGUUGUAAAGAAUUUUCCUUAGAUGAUGUGGAAGAUAAAUUUACACAUCUCACUAAUGAUGCAGUGUAAAAAAAGAAUCAAAAUUAUGGGAAGUUUGAAACUGGUAAUAAAGUAUAUUUUAUUUUUAAAUUUAGGUUUCAUUCAAUGAAUUUUAAAAGUAUUUAAAUGAUCAACAUAAUUAUAAUUUUUAAACAAUUGUAGAUUAAUUAAAAAAGUUGAGUACCGAUAUAGUGAAGGCAACUUACUAACACCUAAAUCCAAAUAAGCUAUUCUAUUCUUUUGAGUUAUUUGGAUUAGAUUUUAUGAUUGAUUAAGACAUUAAACCAUGGUUGAUUGAAGUCAACACUAAUCCAUGUUUAGAAACCUGCUGUCCUUUAUUAGCUAGAUUGAUAACUCAUUUGAUAGAGAAUACUAUAAGGAUUGCAAUAGAUCCUAUGUAUCCUCCACCUAUGAGUAAAAAGAAACAUCUACAAGAAUCAAAAAAUUAAUUCGAAUUGAUUUUUUCAAGUACUUUAAUAAAUGAAAGAACUACAUAGCCUAUUAUCAAAGUAGAUGAUAUAGAACACUCAGAUGUCGAUGAUGAUAAUUAGUGA